GUUGGCUGCAAAGGGUAUUUCAAUGUUUAAACAAUUUCGGUUGAGUCAAGUUGACUUGAGCGCUUUACAAUUUUUAAUCAAAAUUCUAAAAUUCCCUUUUUAAAAGCUUAUUAAUUAUUCAAGAUGAAAAAGUCAGACACUCAUACAAAAUGAAGCUAUACAAAUCUGCUCAAAAAAUAUGAAGGCGUAGGAAAACUUCUUAUCAACAAUUUCUGUCCCCCUUAUAGGUAAAAAAAAAAAAACAAAAAAUAAUUUCUAAAGUUUAAAGUUGUGUAAAAUUAAAAUUUAUUAUAUACACUAAUUGUGAAUAAGUGAUUAAAUAGUUGUAAAAUGUGUUCAAAGUUGUUGUGAAUUAAAGAUUCUCAAAAAAAAAUUAUAUUAGGAAAAAUGUAGGAAGUUUAUGCAAAUAUUGAUGCAUAAAAAAAAUUUGUAACAAAUACAAAAGUCAAAGAAUCUCAUUCUGACAACAAAGGAAGUGGAGGAAAUUUUUUUUAUACAGCAGGAAAUUCUGUUAGAAAUUUAAAUCAUCAUGUUAAUAAAGGAAUAUCGUAUUCCACUCCCAUUGACUGUGGAGGAAUAUAGGAUUGCUCAAUUGUAUAUGAUUGCCAAAAAAAGUCGAGAAGAAAGCAAAGGUCAUGGAUCGGGUGUAGAAAUUUUAAUUAAUGAACCAUAUGAAGACGGUCCAGGCGGAGGUCGUGGACAAUAUACGAGAAAAAUUUAUCAUGUUGGAAGUCAUUUGCCGGGAUGGAUAAAGAGUCUCUUACCAAAAAGUGCACUCACCGUUGAAGAGGAAGCAUGGAAUGCAUAUCCAUACACAAAAACUCGUUACACAUGUCCAUUUGUUGAAAAAUUUUCCCUCGAAAUUGAAACUUACUACUUCCCCGAUAAUGGAUAUCAAGAAAAUGUUUUUGGUUUAACUGGAAGUGAUUUACGCAAUAGAAUUGUUGAUGUAAUUGACAUUGUAAAGGAUCAAUUAACUGGUGCUGAUUAUGUUCGUGAAGAAGAUCCAACAUUAUAUGUUAGUGAAAAGACUGGACGUGGACCAUUGUGGGAAUCGUGGGUUGAAGAUUAUUGGACUGAAGUUAAAGGCAAAAAGCAACCAACUGAGAAAAAUAUGGCAUUAAUGUGUGCCUAUAAGUUGUGCAAGGUUGAAUUCAGAUAUUGGGGAAUGCAGACAAAAUUAGAAAAAUUCAUUCACGAUACGGCACUAAGGAAAACAAUGGUUAGAGCACAUAGACAAGCAUGGGGAUGGUUAGAUGAAUGGUACGGUCUUUCUAUGGAUGAUGUUCGAGAAAUUGAACGACAAACACAAGUUGCACUGCAGAAGAAAAUGGGAAAUGGUGGUAUGGAUAUAGAAGAAGAAGAACAUAGCGUAUCCGACACACUCAGUCGUCACUCCAAUCAAUUCAAUUCCAUUGAAAAAACUGAAGAGAAUUCAACGCCUCAAAUAAUGAAGAGACCGCAAGUGCAAAUGAUUUUAAAUGAUACAGCAAGUGCCGAUGCCAGUUCCGACGAUGAAGAUGAGAAAGAUAAAAUAGAAAGUGAAAAGCAACAGGUUGUUGUUGCAAAGAGGCACAGUGGAACAAUGGGAAAUUCAAAAUUUCAAUUUGGUUCGAAGGGAGCUUUACCGUCACCGCUUGGCAGUGCUCACAGCUUUGAUCUUCAUGUCGCAAAUUGGAGAAUGGAGAAAUUGGAAGUGGAAUCUAAAUCAGGAUCUGAAGAAGAAUUCUUCGACUGUCUAGACAUGAGUGAGACAAAUACGUUAACAAAGUGGAGCUCAUUGGAAUUGUUGGCUGAAGAAGAAGAAUCACCGCCACAAACAGCUAGGUUACAUGAGGAUACAAUAUUCUCACAUGAUUACCUGAAACGUGUUGCAUCCGAACGUGGAACUAGAAGGCGUCAAUUAGGUCCAAGUCCAAGCAUUGAACGAUCACAUUCAAGAGAUUCUCCGCCCGGUUCCCCUGGACCAUCAUCAUGUUCAACAUCUGUAUUAAUUCUCGUAUUUCAUGCUGGAAGCUGUUUAGAAGCCAAUUCUGAUUUAACAUCCAAAAAAUCUGAUAUUACAACUUUUCGUGGUGCAAUGGAAAGUGUUGCUCGACAGCAUUAUCCGUCGUUGGUUGGACACUUUGUGAUAAAACUUGUCGCCUGUCCACCAGUUUGUACAGAUGCAUUAGGAAUAUUAUCAAGCUUAUCUCCAUACUCAUUUGAUACAUCACCGUCGCAAAUUGAUCUUCCAAAUCUUACAGAUAUUCCAAUCGGUGCCAUUCCAUUGCUCACAACAUGUACUCAAGAUUUUAUUGAUUCCGUCAAUCGAGCAGUAGGAACAGCUAAUCAAAUUUAUAACGAUUUUCUAAAAUCUGAUGAUGGAAGAGGAUUUAAUGGACAGGUUGUGGUGAUUGGUGACAGUAUUGGAUCAAUAUUAGCACAUGACGCUCUAUGUAGAUCAUCAAAUCGCAAUGGGAGUGAAGGAAGUGUACUUGAUGCCUUAGACUUUGAACAUAGUGAUCUUGAUGCAAAUCGAUUAUUGACAGCACCAUCUCAAAGAAGACGUUCAUCCUCAACAAGUGAAUGUCGACUGCCAAAGCUUGAAUUUGAAGUUGGAGACUUUUUCAUAUUUGGUUCACCGCUUUCAAUAAUCCUUGCAUCAAGACGUUUAAUGGACACAAAAUUAGGUGCAACAAGACCUCAAUGUCAUCAAAUUUAUAAUCUAUUUCAUCCAACAGAUCCAGUCUGUGCACGCUUAGAACCACUCAUAAGUGCACGAUUUAGUAUGUUGGCUCCUAUAAAUAUUCCACGAUAUGCAAAAUAUCCGCUAGGAAAUGGUCAGCCAUAUCAUUUAUUAGAGCUAAUACAAACAAGUCCACAUAUGUUUAGUGACUUACCAACACCUCGUCGAUUAUCAGAUAUUAGCAUUCAAUCAAAUCAUUCAGGCUUAAUUGAUAAUGUUCCAUUGACCACAAUCAAUGCAUUACAGCAACGUUGGUGGGGAUCAAAAAGACUUGAUUAUGCUUUAUACUGCCCAGAUGGUUUAUCAAAUUUUCCAGCUCAUGCACUUCCACAUCUAUUUCAUGCAAGCUAUUGGGAAAGUUCUGAUGUAAUUGCAUUUAUUCUACGACAAAUUGGAAGAUUCGAUAUGAAUGCCUUGGGAGGCGAUGAAAUAAAGGAGUGUUCAUCAUUUAAGCCUGGUCAAGCCAGAGAAAAGUGGAAUAAAAAGCGUACAAGUGUAAAGUUGAAGAACGUUGCUGCCAAUCAUCGAGCCAAUGACGUUAUUGUAAAGGAAGGUGAGGCGCAAAAGUUGAUGGCUAGAUUUAUGUACGGACCACUUGACAUGAUUACUUUGGCUGGCGAGAAAGUUGAUAUUCAUAUUAUGAAGGACCCGCCCGCUGGUGAAUGGACAUUAAUUUCAACGGAAAUAACUGAUAAAACAGGAAGAGUCCUUUAUACAAUUCCGGAAGAUAUGAGUGUAGGAUAUGGCAUCUAUCCAAUUAAAAUGGUCGUUCGAGGAGAUCAUACGAGUGUUGAUUUUUAUUUAACUGUCGUACCACCAAGAACUGAAGCUGUUGUGUUCUCUAUUGAUGGCUCAUUUACAGCAUCGAUGUCGGUUACUGGCAAGGAUCCAAAAGUUCGCGCUGGAGCUGUUGACGUUUGCCGUCAUUGGCAAGAAUUAGGUUAUCUAUUGAUUUACAUCACGGGUAGACCAGACAUGCAACAACAAAGGGUUGUGUCGUGGUUGAGUCAACAUAAUUUUCCGCAUGGUCUGGUAUCAUUUGCUGAUGGAUUAUCAACCGAUCCGUUGGGACAUAAGGCAGCCUAUCUGAAUAAUUUAAUACAAAAUCAUGGUCUUGUAGUACAUGCAUGCUAUGGAAGUAACAAGGAUAUAAGUGUAUACACGAAUAUUGGACUGAAACCCAAACAGAUAUUCAUUGUUGGCAAGGUAUCCAAAAAACUUCAACCUCUCGCGACUCCUUUAACAGACGGUUACGCAGCUCAUUUAAAUAUUUUAAUGGCACAUGGUGGCUCCCGACCAGCACAGGGUAAUCAAAGGAUGGUUAUUCCUCGUGGAUGCUUUAAUCUUCCUGGACAUACACCUAAUAUGCGACGAAGAAGCAAGCUCAGUUUCUUUAGAAAACGCGAUCGAAGUCCUUUAAGAUCAUUACAAAUUUGUUGUGAGCCUUUUCCUUAGAAUCGAUUUUUUAGUCUACUUUUAUUUAAGUUUUGAGAGUAAUCUAUGGUAUCACUUAUUCUUCUCAUGUAAGUAAAUUGUAAACAUUUUAAUUCUUAUUUUCCCUACAAUUACUUCAUUUGUUGCUUUUUCUGUAAAGUUUUCGAUCAAUUUGCAUGUUAAUUUGCUUCUACAUUCGUACAAAAAUUGUUUUGUUUUGAAGACUUAUGGUGUUCAAUAUAGGUACUAGGGCAUCUAAGGAAGUCAAUUUAGGUUUCUUUGAGAUGGCAAUUGCGACCAACUUGCCAAGAUGUCGCUGAUACAUUGAUUCUGUUAAAUCAAUCCUUUGCAAUCGAGGUUUAUCCUAUAAACGUUAGCGUAAUGUUUAACUAUUGCUUCGGAAGCAGUGUUGCAUUCUGGUCUUUUGUCUGGAUCAGAUAAAUUCUGAGACAGAAAUUUCUUCAUAAAGAUCGAUUCUUCAUGAAGAUAGAAAAUCUAAUCUACACAAAGAUUAUUUCUACAUAAAGAAUCUGUCUACAUAAAGAUUCGAUGUAGAUGUCUACAAUUCUACAUUCUUCUCUGAUGUAGACCUGGAAAAAAUGUAGAAUUGUAGACAUCUACAUCGAAUCUUUAUGUAGACAGAAUCUUUAUGUAGAAAUAAUCUUUGUGUAGAUUAGAUUUUCUAUCUUCAUGUAGAAUUGAUCUUUAUGAAGUAAGUUUCUUAGCUAGACAAAAACUAUUGAAGAAUCUACAUUCUUCAUCUAGUGUAGACAUCUACAUUUGCAACACUGUUCGGAAGUGUUUUUGUCACUUCAGGCCCUAGAAUAAGAAUUUUUAGGUUAUUAUCGUAAUAUCAUCCUUAACAUAAAAACAACGAUGAUUCCAGAGAUCCUUACUUCGUAGCUAGUCAAUUGCCUUUCAGAAUAGAUUGAAAUUUUAUUUUUACCAGUUUAACAUUAAACCUAGCACCAAUAUUGAACAUCCAUGAUUCUGAAACUGCCUUUAAACUAUUCGAUGAUGAUUCUAAUAAUCCAAAAAUAAAUACCUCACUUUUUUGGCACAUACUUAACACCUCUCUCACUAAAACGAAAAUUCAAAAAAGAUCUAAUCAGAUGAAAAUGUUUUUGUGUGUGUUUUUUGAUUUUUUUCUUCUUUUGUUUUCUUUUUCUUCAUCACGAAUGAUUAAAAAUGAAAAAUGACCAAUAAAUAAAAUGUAUAAAAAAAUUAUAAUAAAGGCCAUAGUUCAGCACGUUCCUUAGACCACGAAACAAUUAUAAUCACUCACGAAAAAACUCCAAAAAAUCCAUAGCAUUAAAAAUUUUUGUUCGCAAGCGAGAAUGCAUCGCGCGAAGAGGUUUGUAUUAACUUUUUUGUCAUUGUAAACCAUUGAACAAUUAUUUUUUGAAUUUAUUCUCUGUUCUUUAAUAUCAUGAAUGGAUAGUGAACAAAAUCCCAAAAAUAAAAUUGCAAAGUCCAAUGACAGUUGUAGUGAUUUUUUUUAAGGUCCUUUUUAAACCUGCACGAAAUUUUAUCCACAGCAAAGACUUUUGAUUCCCAAAUCGGAAACAAAACUCGUGAAGGUUGUGUGAUACACUCCGAUGCACUUUAUCCUUUUAAAAUAUAUUGUUUGACGAAUAUUUGUGCAUUUAUUUUAUGAUUUAUUAUAUUUUUAUGUAUCUUAAUACUGUUCAAGAUCUAAUUUACUUCAUUUAUUUUAUUAAUACAGCAAUGAGACUCUUACUUUGUCAUCACCGGUGCGUAACACUUACCUAAAGCAGCGCAAGUCAUUCUUUUAAUCGAGGAAUUAAUAACAUAAUAACAAUAUUCACCAUAAAGAUAUGCAUAAAAGUAUCGAAUUAAAGUGAAAUCUCAUCUAAAUAACAUUUGCGGUCGGAAAAUUUUUUGUCACAUGGUACCUGGGAAUUCAAAAGAAGACUGUCACAAUCCCUCAUUGAAGAAAAAAUACUAAAUACAACAAAAUUUAAAUUAAAGAUUAUUAAAAAUUGAAAGAACAAAAUGUAUAAAUUGAACUGAUGGCAGUAAAAAAAUAUAUAUAUAUAUAUAUUAAAUGCGAAAUGAAUAAUUAAAGAGCAUGAAAUAGCAAGUGAAAAUGUGCAAUAAUCAUCAUUAAUUGAAACAUUUUAAAUAACGCAAAAUUUAUUGAAAUCUUUAGGGAGUAUAAUUGUUGAUGCGUAUAGUUGAUGCUUAUUCUAUUGAGAGUAAAAAAAUGAAAAUUUUGUUGAUCUAUGCGCUUAUUGAAAAGCAUUUAAAAGAAAAAAAAUUUAAAUAUUUAAACAAGAUAUUUGAUGUGCAAGAAAUUCUCGUGAAUUAAAAAACUUUCUUUCUUCUUAGAAAAAAGAAAUAAUGACAAAAAUCUAUAUAAAAAAAUUCUAAAAUGUGAACAAAGUUGAGAAUGAUUUAUGAGGCUUGAAAUUCUUUCUUGGAGUAAAUGAGAAUCAUUUUAUAUUCCUUCUAAGAGCAUCUAUUAAUUUUAAUUAAUUUAUAAAAUCAAUCAUUAUCUUGUUUGCGAAUUUGAAUAAUCUAUUAAAUUGCAGACAGAAUAGCUAGAGUUGGGGAAGUAAAUGAUUCUAUUUUGCUCCUAGAAAAAGCUUUCCAAACCUCAGAAAUCUUUCAAAAAAAUAAUAUAAAAAUCAAGGCUUCCGGAGAUUAUAAUAUUUAAUACUCUUAGCAUUAAGGCUAUUAAAGAUUAUAAUAUUUCCUUGAAUUACGGAAGCCUUGCAUAUAAAAUUAUCUGAAAGUAUUGUAAAAAGUUUUUUUCUUUUGCAAUACAUUCGAUCCUUUUCUUCUUUAAAUUGAUGCAGGUAAUUAAGUAAUUUCAUAUAUUUUUAUACAUUAUAAAAUGAAAGCAAAAACAUAUUUAACUUAAAUGUCACAAGAAAAAAAAAUCAUUCUAAAUUCGAGUAUAGAACAAAUUGUCGUUCAUUGUGAAAAUUCAUCAAUUAAAAAAUUUUGGAUUCUCCUAUUUUUUCAACUCUUAUUUGAAGAUUAUAUAAUCAAAUUUGAAAACUAAUAAAAUUGGAAUCUGGUGAUAAAAAAAAAAGAGAUUUAAGAAACAAAAAAAUAAUAAUAAUCUUAGGAUAAUUGUGAAAUCUUAAUUGGACAAACUGUUACUUCCUUUCGAGCAGAUAAACUUAUUGAAAAUAAAAAGUCUAAAUGUAGGAAAAUUAAAAAGAAAGAAAAAGGAAUGAAAAAUGAUAUUAAAAAGCAAAUUAUUCGUGGUUUACAUGUGUUUAUUGACAAAUUGAAUAAAUAAAUAAUAAAUUAAAUGUUUAGCUAUUAAUAGAAGAGUGAAAAUAAUAAUAAAUAAUUGGAAAUUUAAGACAUUCUAAUGACUAUAUCUCAAACUUUCUUCCAAAUAUUAAACGAUUUGAAAGUCAAAUUUUCAAGUUUUAUGACAAAAAGAAGUUAUUGGAAAAAUAUAAGACAAAAUUCUGAUUAAAAUAUAAUUUAUUUUUGACACAAAUUCAACCUUAACUUUGGAAAUCUCUUAAAUGAAAAUCAGUUUAAUCAAAUAUCUUUAAUUUAGCCUUUAUUUUAUGGAUUCUUUUGUAUUAUUUUUAUAAAAUAUCACUCAAUAUAACCAGUAUUGGACAUAUAACACUUUAAAAUUCAUAUUCAAUAAAUCACUCGAAUGAAAUCUCAUCAAAAAACUGCAAAGUUGAUGAUUCUGAAUAAUUUUGAAAAUUUGUUCGAGCUUCAAUUCUUUAAAUAUUUAUCAGUUGACAGUAGUCAAUCAACAUUGAUGUAAUCGUCCAUAAUGAUGCCUACAAGAAGUUAUUCUUUUAGGAAUGUCAAUGAAGAUCUUUGAACCAUUCAGAUUUCUUUAACACAAAAUUUUAAUUCAAGACUUAAUUCUAAUUUUGAUUCACAUUUCUUAAAAAUAGCACUAAUAAUUUAAUAGACUAAUUCAUAACCUUCUAAAACUGAUAUUUAUUUGAAAAUGGAUGUUAUUUAAAUAUUAUUAAACAGAAAGAAAAAUCAUCAUAAAGCAUUUAAAAAGAUAAUUUAAAGGGAAUAAAGCAUUAUUUAAAUAAGGGCCAGAGGAAAUAAAGGAAAAUUGUGACGUAUAUAAAAGAAAAAUUAUUGUUUUAAUUACUAUAAGCUGUUUACUAUGGAGUAGUCCAACCUAAGAGUAUAAAGUUGUGUAACAUUCUUAAAUGAAAAGUGGGUAGAAGUGGUGAGUCUGAAAAAUCACAAUUGACAUCAUUUAACGAAAUAUCCAUCAUUGCAUAGAGAUAGCAGCAAUCUGUUACUCUUGAACAGCUUAUUGAAAUCAAAAAUGCACUUAAUCUUAUCGAAAUCACUUUGUGUAAUUUUCAGGACCCUCAGUUCAUCAGCACAAUUAUUGUACACUAUAUUUCGUAGAAUAUCUUCAGACACAACUCCACAUCCAAGUUCUAGAUGCUUUAGCUUUAAUUUCUUAAUUAUAAUAUCAACAAUUUCAUUCGAUACGUUACAGUAAUCGCGCUUUAUAAUCAGCUUUUCAAUCGAAUUCACAUUGCUCACAAUAUUUUUCCAUCCGAAGAACUUUACAUCAUAAUCAAUGUAAUCGAGAAUUAAGGUUUUAAGUUUAACAUCGAGACAUGAGAGAUUUGAGAAAUUCGAAUCGAUAGUACGUGAUGUGAAGCCGGGUAUGGAGAGUUCUUCGAGAUUGGAAAAGGUUGAUAAAAUAUGAAAUAAAUAUUUAUCGCUUAUUGGCAUAUCACCGACUAGCUUUAAAUGCUCAACAUUUGGAAAGAUUUUGAUGAAAUUGAUGAAAAUUGGAAGAUUUUCGAAUGCGAAAUUCCCGUGAAUUGUUAAGUUUCUAAUCGAGCGAUUCGUAAAGCUAUGACUGUGAAAGAAUGACAAGUCAUUUAUAUCCACGUGCACUUCCUUUAUCGGAUUUGAAAACAUUUGUCGAUAAACAAAAAUAAUAUCGAGAGACGAUGGAAUCGGCGUGUUGAUAACUUUAAUUGUUUCUAAAUUCUGUUGAUUUUUAAUCAUGUUCAGCAUGACCUUCAUAUGUUCUCUCGACAACUGGCAGUUCACUAUCUCCAAAUGCCUCAAUUGACAUUGAAGGAAAUUCUCAUAAUUGAAAAUGUUACAAUUUUUUGACGUCACAUUUUCAAAUGUCAAUGACUUCACGUAAGCUUGUUGAGUCAUCAUCUCGCAAAAAUCUAAGCAGUUAGAUGUAUUCCGACCAUCACAUUUGAGCCUUAUCUUUCGUAAUUGAAUGUCGUAGUUGUUUGCAAAGAGCGCGAACAUUUUCUCGUCGGUAUUUACGCAGUUUAUUUCGCGUAAUUCAAGCAUUGAUAGUUUUGGGACUUGAACAAUAGAAUUGAGGAAUUCAUUUUCAGGUUUUAAGAACGUUACAUUUAUCACAGUUAGCCUCUUGAGAUUGUACAAAUGCCUCAAUACAAUUCUCAUUUGAUCGAUUGUCUCAAAUCCAUAAUCAUGAAUUUCCAAUUCCCGAACUGUGUCACUAAACUUUUUAAAAAUCACCAAAUACUUCAUAAUUUUAUCUCUUUUCAAUUUAAUAACAAUCUUUGUCGCUCGACGUGUCGAUUCCAAAAUGGGUUCAAUAGACCUUUCGUUGUCAUCGUAGAAUUCAUCCUCAUCAAUAAUGAGUAUCGGCAAAUUACUCAUCAAUAUUGGCGAGCUUUCAAUAAUACUUUUUGUAUAUUUAUCCACUAGCAUCAUAGCCAUUAAUUCAUUACAAUUGAGAUAUGUGAAUAUUUCCUCUUGAAGUUCAUUUGGCAAACUUUUUAUUUCCAUUCUUUUUUUCAGACGCGAAAUAACAGCUGUUAAUAGGUGACAAUUUCAAAUCAU